GCCUUACAUACAAUGAAUUAUGGACGAUCCCAGCGUAGACAAACCUAUCAAAAAGAUAAUCGAAGACAUUGUUUGGUGCUCCGGCGAACCGUUUUCCGUCAACCCAUCAGUGGUGAACUUGCUCUUUAGCCACCUUCGGUCUUGGGCGUCUCAUCUCGCAAGACAGUUGUACAAUGAUCAGUUUAAGCUCUCCAACCUUCUGAAUGCCAUACGCGAGGAUCCCCUGAAACUCGCCCAUGUGGCAGAUUACCUUCGCAUCACAGGUGGUGGUCCUGAAGUCAGGGUCAGCAAACUUGGUCUGGACUUGAACGAGGUUGUCGAGGCUUCUUCGGAUGACGAUGUUCUUCUGAACCACAUUGCUGGUUUGUGCGCGAAGCUCGACAUACACUUACCGGACUAUGUGAACAAAUCAUUUUCCAAAAUCCUUCUCCCUUUUAUCCGCGGUCGCAGAUUACGGUUGUCUCGGAUCGAUAAUAAGUUUGCCUGUGCAUCGGUGGCCUGCUAUCUCGCAUUUACACGAUUGAGACAAUCUGCAACAUUUCUGAUUCUCACACAACCCUUCCGCGGAGAGAUACUCUGGCGAUGGAUCUUCUGUCCAUGCGAUAAAUCUCUGCCAAUCGCAGAACAGAGAGGAGAAUGCUUGCGUGUACUUGCUCACCUGCUAACGAGUGAAAUCUUGGAUGUAAUUGACCUUGUUCUUUUUUAUCGUCCAAAAUUGAACAUCGGUUUACAAACCCCACUGACCCCCGUUGAAGUGGAGAGGGCCAUCGGAUUGUUGUCAUCUAAACGAUCAAAGAGAAGUUAAUACUUCCGCCCAUUUAGUCACAUGUAAAUACACCCUAUCUCUCACUGGA